AUGAUUUUAAGUAUAACAUCAUAACCUUAUUUUUAUGUCUCCACAAUACCACAAUUAUAUUUUAAUUUAUUUCAAACAACAGUUAUCAAUAACAGUUAGUAUAUAUUUAUAUAUUAUUAUUUAGAUCCCUAUCCGACAAGCAAUCAAAUCAAUUUUUUUCAUUCGAAAUACCUUUGGAAUAAAAAUAAAAAAAAUAUAACUAGUUAAUUAGAAUGAUUAUUAUAAUCUUUAUUGCUUUAUUUAGUAAUUGUUAUGGACUAAUUGGAUAGGCAUCGUGUUCAGGCCUUUCUGAAUCCUAGUGUUUGGAUUCUGGAUAUUGUUAUGUGGAGGGCACUUAAUGCAAACCACAAUUUUGCCAUUUAGUGACUGAAUUAGCAGCAUGCAGACCUGGAGGAGCAUUGAAUAUUGAUUGUAUGGAAGUUCCUUAUACUCCUCCUUAAUUUGUAGCAUCUUGUUAAAGUGUUACCUAUACAGCAUAGAAGAUUUAUCUUUAUAGAUUUAUAUCAGACUUAUCACCAGAAGAUAGAUUGCAAACCUCAGUUACGAUUGAAUAACCUAGUGUGGAAGCGAUGGAAAAGCUAUAUAGGAUUGAUUUGUUGUCUAGUUCUAAUACUUAAUUGAAUAAUUACCUUGAUUUAUAUCUGAAUCAAGCACCAGUAUUGAUUGGAGAAUAUUCUCAUCCAUAUUAUUUGGAGAGGGCAAUUUAUGAGAGUUUACAAAAUAUUAGAGAUGAUGUAUAUAUAAGUAAACUUUAAAGAAGUGAUACGAUGGUUAAGAUAUUAGAAUUGAUCGAUAUUUAUUAUUAGAGAUUAAGCACAUAUUCAGAAAAAUACUAUACUGUUUAUAAUUUUGUGAAUUUCAAUCACAUUCAUUUUAAAUAUUUGGGAUUUUCAUUUUAAUCAUUAAUUGAAUUAUCAUGGACCACAUAUCCAGAAAAUGGGUUUUUCUCAUUAACCGUCAUCUACCCACAAAUAUUUGGCAUCCAAUCAGCCGUUAGUCCCAUAUUCAUGAUCAGAACAACCAAUUAAAUUAAUUUAAAAUACACUCUGAAAUGGGCAAUCACUAUUACAAGCUUUGUGCAAUUAAAGAAAAUUGAUUUAGUCUAAAUGAAAUUAUAUGAUGCUCAAUAUUUGCCCAGUUGCAUUAGUGGGUACUGCACAGUUAGUGUAAGUGGACCAAGUAAUUAUUUAUUCGUUGACCCAACCAUCUCUGAUGAUUGCAGUGUCAUCACUGAUCUGACUUUGUGCCUGAUGGCCAAGUGCACAAUAGCUUCGAAUGUGUGUAGUUGA